GGGCGCGGCGGCCGGGGUGAUCAGUAUGGCGGCCGAGCGUAAAACUAAGUUGUCCAAGAACCUGCUGCGCAUGAAGUGUACUCGAAUUCCUCUGUCUUGGUCAGCUAUUGGGGGCUGGAGGGUGAUCCUGACCAGAAGUAGAAAGUAAAGGAGUUCAUGCAAAGGGGACUGGACUCAGAAACCAAGAAACAACUAGAAGAGGAAGAAAAGAAAAUCAUUAGUGAAGAGCACUGGUACUUGGAUUUGCCCGAGCUUAAAGAGAAAGAGAGUUUCAUAAUAGAAGAGCAGAGUUUCUUGUUAUGUGAAGAUCUUCUCUAUGGAAGAAUGUCAUUCAGAGGAUUUAAUCCUGAGGUUGAGAAAUUAAUGCUUCAGAUGAAUGCUAAGAACAAAGCAGAAGAAGUUGAAGAGGAAACAGUGGAGCUCGAUGUGUCAGAUGAAGAAAUGGCUAGAAGAUAUGAGACCUUGGUGGGGACAAUUGGGAAAAAGUUUGCCAAAAAAAGAGACCGUGCCAAUUAUGAAGAAGAUGAAAAUGGAGACAUAAAACCAAUUAAAACAAAGAAGAUGUUCUUAAAGCCCCAAGAUUAAAACGGAUGCCUUAAGAUAUGGCUCAGGGUUGCCUUGUGAGAAUUAGCACGUUUUGGAACUCAUUCUGUUGGUUCCUCUAUAGUUAUUAAUGCUGUAAUGUUUAUUUGUAAAGAAAUGUAUAAUUUUGGCAACAUGCUGUUUUUGGAACAGAUGUGUGAUGGAUGUUAUACAUCCUUUGCUUAAUGGUAUUCAUCAAGAGUGGAUUUUUAACCCUUGAUCUUCAACUAUACAUAGGUACGUGGUUGCUUCCUAAAGAAUUUUUUAUCAGAUUUUUUUUAAUAUAGUUCUCCAGUCACUGACCUUGAAUUGACUCAUGUAAACUAAUACCAGGGUUUAAAUUGCCCUUAUGUUUAUAAUCAUGUCAAGUCAGUUCAUACAUAUAUUUCGGAAUCAAACAUCAUGAGAAUUUAUUAUAUGUAAAUUCAUCAAGAACAAACAUGCCUCUCCAGGCUGAAGUAUUUCCAUGCUACCAAGUCAAUGUCAGUGUGUGGAAUUAUGUUUUUUUGUUUAAAGCCUUUAAUUAAUUAAGAAAAAUAAUUGUUCUGUAAUAAAUACCUGUUU